UUUGCGUCCUUCCGGUUCUGUGGUGGAAGUAGGACUGCGUCUCGUCCUCCUGGAAAAGGUGCUCAGCGACGACCAAGGUGCCGGGUGUGAAGAAGAGCGGGAGCGUGGAGACUCGGAGCCCGAGAACGCGUUUCCAUUGGUGACAUCUUGGCGGGCCCGUCGGUGGCACUUCCUCCUUUACACCCCGUGACCCACGUCCGGCUCGCCGCCCUCCCAGUCACGCGGCCUCUGCCUCCGGGACGCAACCCCGCGCGCCGGCCUUCCGGACUCCGGACCCGUCGUGGUUAAUAACAGGAGAUGCACCUGGACUUGCCCCGGAGCCCUCUGCAUUUUUAAACGUCGGGUGGAAUUGGGGUCCUUUGGCUGUAACCCGUGUUCACUUGAUGAAAAUAGAAAUCCGCUCUGCUCCGUUCAGCGGAUAAUUCGUAUCUACCAGGAGUGUCUCGGACUGUUGGCACCCCCCCCCCUUGUUCUUUAAGCCACCAAGGCAGCAGCUGACUUGUUUGAAGUCUGCCCUGUUAAGUGUCCAUGAUGCUGGGCCCCGAGGGAGGUGAAGGCUUUGUGGUCAAGCUCCGUGGCCUGCCCUGGUCCUGCUCUAUUGAGGAUGUGCAGAAUUUCCUCUCCGGCUGCAUAAUUCAUGGUGGGGCCGCAGGCAUCCAUUUCAUCUACACUAGAGAAGGCAGGCAGAGUGGUGAGGCUUUCGUUGAACUUGAAUCAGAAGAUGAUGUGAAAAUGGCCCUUAAAAAAGACCGGGAAAGCAUGGGACACCGGUACAUUGAGGUGUUCAAGUCCCACAGAACCGAGAUGGAUUGGGUGUUGAAGCACAGCGGCCCAAACAGUGCUGACACCGCCAACGAUGGCUUUGUGCGGCUUCGAGGACUCCCAUUUGGAUGCACCAAGGAGGAGAUUAUUCAGUUCUUCUCGGGGUUGGAAAUUGUGCCAAACGGGAUCACCUUGCCUGUGGACCCUGAGGGCAAGAUUACAGGGGAAGCCUUUGUGCAGUUUGCCUCCCAGGAGUUAGCUGAGAAGGCUCUAGGGAAGCACAAGGAGAGAAUAGGCCACAGGUAUAUCGAAGUGUUCAAGAGCAGUCAGGAAGAAGUUAGGUCAUACUCGGAUCCUCCUCUGAAGUUCAUGUCUGUACAGCGUCCGGGGCCCUAUGACCGUCCUGGCACAGCCAGGAGGUAUAUUGGCAUUGUCAAGCAGGCAGGCCUGGAGAGGAUGAGGUCCGGUGCUUACAGUGCAGGCUACGGGGGCUAUGAGGAGUACAGUGGCCUCGGCGACGGCUACGGCUUCACCACCGACCUGUUUGGAAGAGACCUCAGUUACUGUCUCUCAGGGAUGUAUGACCACAGAUAUGGAGAUGGUGAGUUCACUGUCCAGAGCACCACUGGACACUGCGUCCACAUGAGGGGGCUGCCAUACAAAGCCACAGAAAAUGACAUUUACAACUUCUUCUCUCCACUCAACCCUGUGAGAGUCCAUAUUGAGAUUGGCCCGGACGGAAGAGUGACAGGUGAAGCUGAUGUUGAGUUUGCCACUCACGAAGAAGCUGUGGCAGCUAUGUCCAAAGACAGGGCCAACAUGCAACACAGAUACAUAGAACUUUUCUUGAAUUCCACAACAGCAGCUAGCAAUGGGGCAUAUAGCAGCCAGAUGAUUCAAGGCAUGGGGGUGUCGGCCCAGUCCACUGCCCAGUACAGUGGCCUCGAGAGCCAGUCUGUGAGUGGCUGUUAUGGGGCUGGCUACAGUGGCCAGAACAACAUGGCUGGAUAUGACUAGUUUUGUAGGAGCAUUUGAGUUGUUGCAAAUUUUCACAGGCAGCCAACAAGCAGUGAAAAGCAGUUAGAAGCUGUGGGACCCAUUUUGCACCACGAGUUUGUGAAAUCUGGAUUAAAAUAUUACCUCUUCAGUGUUUUCUCAUGCAAACUUUCUUCUAGCAUGUGAUAUGGAGUAAACUAAAACUAUUUUCAGCUUUUCUCAAUAUUUUGGUAGUGUACUUCAGAGUGAUGUUAUCUGAGUUAAAAUAGUUUUAAGUAUAUCAAACGUAGAUCUUUUACACCACAUCACCGUGAACACUGGGGAGAUGUGCUUUUUGGAAAACUCAAGGUGCUAGAUCCCUAAUUCAAAGAGGAACAUUUCUCAUGUUUGUUCAUUCUAUUUUAUUUUCAUUUAAAAUCUUUUAGGCUAAGUUUAAGCUUUUUAAAAGUUAGUUUUGAAAAUUGAGACACAUUACUAAUACUGUAGGAUUGGUGAGGCCUUGACUUAACUUUCUUUGUAAACUGUGAUUUCUUUUUGGGUGUAUUUUGCUAAGUGAAAUUUGUUAAAUUUUUUGUUAACUAAAUUUUUUUCUUAAAAUAAAGACUUUUUCACAA